UUUUGCAGGUAUUUAUGUGCCUAACGGCCAUUACAAUCAAGAGGAGGAUCUAGGCCUCAGUGUCUGUGCUGGAUCAGGGUUUGUGUGUGAGAGACUAUUGUACUGUGGGUCUCUAGUAAAGUCUCUGUUCUGUUUAAUUCACCCUAUCUGAGGUGCCUGGUUCUACAGCUGCCAGAAUGGACCCAGCCAUGGGGGAGUUAAUAGGUCUUCCCUCCACCUUCCCCCUUUCCCAACUGAGAGAUACUUUGGAAAAGGCCUCAAAGCUAGGUUGAGGGAUCCCUAAAGAGCAUGAUGGGUGGGGGAAGGAUCUACUUAGCCAUGUGCUCAAGAAGAAAGAUGAGCGAGCAGCCACCCAGAAGCGCCCAGGGAGUGGCCAUUUCCACCAGGUAGCAGGAAGUGUGUGUGCCGGGGGUGAGGCGGGAGAGACGUACAGGCCACUUUCUCCUGCUCCACAGACAACAAGAAGGAGAGGCUGGGUUUUGUGCUGGCUAACGCUGAUUUCAGAUCCAAGAUCUAAUCUGUUACUGAGUGGAAAAAAGUGCUUUAUAAUUCCACUCUUGGUGGCGUCAUUGUGUCAGAUUAGUUUUCUCGCCUUUUUUCUCUUUACAAACAUUGACUAAGUAACCUUCCUCAUCCCUGGGAGGUACAGAAAGACAAUAAGAUUGACUGAAACGAAACUGGCCACCCUUCCUGACGUGCUGCAGAAUGGACGUGCACAGCUUGCCAAGGGAUGAGGACGACGACGCAGCUGCUGAGGGCACGUCCACCUUGGGAAGAGAGGAACAUUCCAGUGGGAGCCAGCGUGAGCCACAGCUGGCUCGAGAAGAUACUCAGGAUGGCCCAGGCAGGGUCGUUCCUAAGCAGAGUGGGCCCAUCCUGAGGUGUCUAAAGCGAAUCUGCCAAAAAGCGAAGAAAGACAAGAUGCGAUAUCUGCGAACUGUCACUACAGUCCCAGAUAUCUCGCGCAUGGAGACUAUUUGGGAGGCGGAUGAAGGUGGACUUGAGCAGCAUGGUUGUGCUAUGGAGGGAGCCAUGCUCUUGCUGGAAUCAUGGAGAAACACUGUUGACUACUUCAAUAGUAACAAAGAGGAUUUCAUUAUGAAAAAAAGUUUCUUAAGACUCUUGUCUGUUCUCAGCAAGAGCAUCGACUGGCAUAACAUGCCUGACUUUUUUAUUCACAAGAUUGCAUCUGACACUGCGGGAGCCAUCGUGGAGAUGAUUAAGAAAGAACCCCGGGACUCUCUCUCCAGCACCAUACGGCUCCAGGCCAUGGCCACCAUUACUGACCUGAGCAAAAAGAAUGUGGUGAAGGCCAUGGGCUCCCACCAGAGAAGGGUCCUGCUGAGAACAUUCCUCAAGAGCGUGUUUUCCCUGCCGCUCCUAACGACGUUGCAGGCGCAAGGAGUAAUCAGGGCUACAAGCGCCCAGUACACAAAGCUCAUGGAGUCCUGGAUGCAGUCCAGGGAAGAUUGCCUGCGGGAGAGGGCUGUAUGGAGCAGCUUACUGCUCCUAAACUUCGUGGCCACAGAAGUCAAACUGGAUGAAGCGUCUCCGUUCACCAGGCUCGGACACCUGGUUGCAGUGCUGGGGAUCCGCUGUGGGGAUCCCGUCAAGGCGGUCAGCUCAAAGGCAGCAGAGGGUGUUCAUUACCUCGUCUCUAUUGCGUGGCACCAAAAGAUUGCACAGUUGGACAGAAAGAACGUGGAAUGCACUGAACAGAGGAACAAGGAAUUUCUGGCUGCUUGGAGCCCCACUGUGGUUCACAACAGCCCCUCCAGGAUCGCAGAGCUCUUUGGAGUCUAUUUUAACCCAAGAGAGAGGACAGAUUUCAUUCUGACUGUUAUGGAUGGCCUGACGGAUCACUGCAACAAUAACUGCCAGCCCACCGCAGAGGGAUUGCUGUCUGCCAUGUUGAACAGUGGUGGGACGAAGGUGGAGAAGGCAGCAGACCUUGUGGCUGGGGUUUGCAGCCGGUUGGAUUCAGUCCCGCAGCCCAGCUCCAGGACACUGAUGAUGAAGUUAGUGGGUCUGCUGGCUGGCGAGGCAGAGCAUCUGGACCCAGUGAUCUCAUGCCUUCUGGACCACUCCUUCCCGACAGACAGCAAUUUGGCCGAGCUGUGGCAGUUCCUAUCUGCUGACCCGGCCCUCGGAGGACAGGUGAUGGAGAACCUGGUUGUGAAGCUGCAGAGUCACCACAGCUCUGAGCACCAAGCCUCUCACAUGUCUGAUGCCGCCACAUGCGCCCUCUAUGAGAUGAUUUCGGCGAGCAAGUCCAAAGAUGCCACAAACCGCCUCUAUCCUCAGCUGCUAAUGGCGCUUCUUGUCGAAAUCCAUUUCAGCCUGGGACAGAGCCUGCCAGGGGAUAAGGUCUCUGGAAGGGAAAGCAGUCGGCAGAGCAUCCACACCAGCGCUGCAGUGGAGGCUAUAAAGAUGCUGCUGCUCUGUGUUGGCUGCCGUUUCGAGCUGACUGUUAUGGAGAAGGAGCAAGGCUGGAUCCUUCUACAAAGCCCCAGAGAUCACCUCCAUGGGGUGAGCCUGCUGGCCAGAGCCAUGUUGCACUGUGCUUGCCCUGAGACCACAAGGAUGCUGCUGGACCUAGUGAUCCCGCUCCUCGACAGAGGUGAUAAGAAGCACAGGCUGACCACGAUGGCCUUCUUUGUAGAACUUCUGCGUUGCAAAGAGGCCGAGAAGCUCCCACAUCCAGACACUCUGGACCGUCUCGAGGAGUGGACAAAACACCCCAGCCCAGUUUUCCGUUCACUUGGUCUAAGAGGACUCGGCAUCCUGGCAACCCAACCAGGGAAGGUGGAACAAGUCAAGGCCCUGCUGCCUGCCAUCCUUUGGGGCUCGGAUGCGAUGGAUGAUGGGAGUAUUCUGGAGGUCAUCUCAGCUGUUCAGAACCUUCUGCAGAGCCUGGUUGGGAGUGAGCUCACCAGCGUGGCCAGGAAGCUAAGCCUCUAUCUCAGUGCCGUGAGACCCCAGGUGCGCUCUGCUGCCAUCAUGCUCUUUACAGAGUUGCUUACCACAGUGAAGAGGAGGCAGAAGUACCUGCUGCAGGAGGAAGUGACUCGCAGCCUGGUCCCACUGCUCCUUCACUUACAGGAUGAGGACCCUGAGGUGGGCAAGAGGUGUCAGAAGGCCUUGGCUGGGUGUUUUCAGUUCCUGGGAUGGGCUUGUCCUAAGCAGAUUAACAGCAAGAAGGCUUGGCACAAGUAUCCGCAGGUGGUGGACAAGAUCUGCCAGCACUCUGUGCUGAAGCUCAGGAGCGUAUCUGACACCUUGCUCCAAUGUCUGGAUCACCUCCAAAGCCCUCAGGUUCCAAUACGACGGGCAGCAGCCAUCUUUAUCGGUUGCACUGUUCAAAGCUCAGAGCCCGCCAUGGUCAGGCAAGAGAAGGAGUUGAUACUUCAGUCUCUCAGUGGCCUGCAGCAGGAUCCGGAUUCCUCUGUCCGUGUCAGCGUCUCACGGGCCAUUCAGCAAGUCCGGGAUCCUGGCAGAAACCAGUCACCUCAGACCCUAGGAGCUAGAUUCAGGAACCUGUUCCACUGCUUGACUGGCCAGGAGGAGAGGGAAAAUGCUCCUGACAGAGAUCUCGUGGGUGGCCCGGACCCUUCCCAAAGCCACCGAUGGGACUCAGGAGGGCCUUGAGUUCCCACAGAGAAGUUGGUGACUGGAGGAGGUCGGCUGAGUCACCACCCCAGGCCCAAAGCCAGUGCCUGCAUGAUCCUGUGAUAAUUAACUGCAUUGUUCCCCAUGAGAUGUAGGCAGCUGGGGAUGAGUUUAAGUGACCCCCGUACUCAGCAGAAUGACGGCUGCUGGCUCCCGCUAGACAAAAAGGCUCCGAUCUCUGAUACAUUCUUUGUGACCGUGUAGGAAGAGAUGGAAUCUGUGCAUUAGCCCUCAUGCUAUGGAGCCACGGGAAGGUUUGACAGCAGAAGUAGAUGCAGUGUGGACUAAUCUACGAGGGACUAACAGGUACAUGCCAUAUGACACUUGGGCCAGCACUUUCAAACACGGAUGUCAAAAGUUAGGUACCUAAAGCCAUACUUCUUCUUCAACACUUCGCUGAACGGUUGGCCAUAGCAAUUGUUCACCGUUGAUCCAUUCCUGUGCUUGACGGGCCAAGCGCCCAACAUUGGAAUAGACUUGAGACACCCACGUAAUAGGGGGCUUGCCUUUGGGCUGCCUCCACCCCUUGAUUGGUGAAAUUUUCUCUCGGAUGUUACGAGCCAGUCAAAGAACGGCGUUAGCCGGAACGUCUUGCGGCAUACUCGCAACACGUCCGAAAAGCAUAAGACGCCAUUUGCAGACAAUGGCCCCAGUAGUCUGCAGACCGGAGCAACCAUAAACAUCUGCAUUACAAAUGAAGUCAUUCCACUCUAUGCCCAAUAUACAACAUUGGCAUUUUGUGUGGAAAGCCUCCAGCUUUGCCCACUCUGAGUGGCGCAGUCUCCAUGUUUCGCAACCGUACAGCCGUACGGAGAGGAUAUAGCUCGACUAGCUCCUGAACUUGGUUGUCGUGCCGAGAUGAUGUUGAUUCAUUGUAAACGACCCAUGGCAGAGGCUGCACUGCCACACUCAAGCACCUCAAUAAAUGGCCUGAUCUUUCUCAAAUGCUGAAUACCAAGAACUUCUCACUCAAAUCUGCCAAAGCCAUGGCUGCUCAGCUCCUCUGAAAAUCAAUCCACUUGUUUAUGAAUGUCAGUGCCAGACUUUGGACAGUGACAUAGGAAGACAUUGGCCUGCGCCUAUGCAUGGACCCUCAUCCUACGAUCCAGCCCCUCAACAGAUACAUCCCAGCUUCUAACUGUGAGCCAUUCAGCUACAAUGGGGAGGCCUAGAUGCUAGCCCCACACCACUGUGCUGGCCAUGAGAGAGGGAAGGAUUUCAGGCCCAAGGCCCAAGUGGGGCGGGAAGAAGCACAGACUCACCUCCGUUGCCUUCUUUGCUGAGGUCCCUUUGCAGCGGAUCAGAUUAUGUCCGGUCUCUGUGCCCAUUGAUACAGGCUGGGUAGCAGGAGCCCUUCAGCCCCACGGUGACAUGGGCUGUUACGUGUUUGAAUGACUAAUCCUUCCUCGACCUAUUCCAGGCCGGAAGGGCCGAGGUGCUGUUUCCCGAGGAGCUGUUCCAGGACUAGCUAGGUAAGCACAGACACGGGCCGUGCACCACAGCUCUAGGUACACCCCUGUAACCCUAGAGGGGCAGGAAACGUGGUCCUUUCCGGUGGAAACGAUGGUCGUUUUAAUAUGAGUGCAGAGUGUUUAGAUGCAAGCUGGAUGGACGGAAGCAGAGAGUUUGGAAGA